UAGUUAAAUAAUGUCUGAAUGACCUCAAUAUACAUACGUAAUCUUGAGGUUAAGCUUAAGCAUAAGAGAGUAGGUGAUUCAUAUUUCAUGCCAUAAAAACCAAGGGUUUAUGCAAAUUUGGGCGAACAUAGUUACCGUACUUAUAAAAGGGGGCGCCAACACCGGAGUCGGAAACCCAGAAACUAAGCUCAAGAGAGAGAAAAAUGGAGUCCAUUUUCGCCCCCACCUUGACUCAAGCCACCUUUCUCUCUCCUCUUUCGCCGCCAUCGAACGACGUUUCUAGCAUCCCUAAUCUCUCUCAUUUCUCCUUCUCCGCUAGAAACUUCGCCGCUCCUUUCUCUCUCAAGGUUCAGAAGCAAUUAGCUAUUGCUCAUAGCAAUGGUCGAGCGAUUAAUUCGGCGAAAUGCAAUGCUACAUUGUCAGAUACUCUUAGCCAAACAUCCCCAUUAGCCGACAUUGAUUGGGACAACCUUGGAUUUGGAUUUUUGCCUACUGAUUACAUGUAUGUUAUGAAAUGUGCUCGAGGUGAAAGCUUCUCAAAAGGUGAAUUAAAGCGAUAUGGAAACAUAGAAAUGAGCCCUGCUGCUGGUAUCUUAAAUUAUGGGCAGGGACUAUUUGAAGGCUUAAAAGCUUACAGAACACAAGAUGGUAAUAUUGUGCUUUUUCGUCCGGAAGAGAACGCGUUGCGGAUGAGAGCUGGUGCAGAGAGGAUGUGCAUGGCUGCACCAACUGUUGAACAAUUUCUGGAAGCUGUUAAAGAAAUAGUUUUGGCAAAUGAACGUUGGAUCCCCCCUACUGGUAAAGGUUCUUUAUACAUUAGGCCAUUACUCAUGGGUAGUGGUUCAGUUCUAGGGAUUGCACCAGCCCCUGAAUACACCUUUCUGAUCUAUGCAUCACCUGUUGGUAACUACUUUAAGGAAGGCCUUGCACCCAUAAAUUUGGUGAUUGAGACUGAUUUUCACCGUGCUAGUCCUGGUGGAACUGGAGGAGUCAAAACUAUUGGGAACUACGCAGCGGUUCUGAAGGCUCAUACUGCUGCUAAAGCCCAAGGUUAUUCUGAUGUACUAUACCUGGACUGUGUACACAAAAAAUACCUGGAGGAGGUGUCGUCUUGUAAUGUAUUUGUUGUGAAGGAUAAUGUGAUAUCUACUCCUGCAAUUAAGGGAACAAUUCUGCCUGGCAUUACGAGGAAAAGCAUUAUUGAUAUUGCUUGUAGCCUAGGUUUUGAGGUUGUGGAGCAGCUUGUGCCAGUGGAUCAACUUCUCAGUGCUGAUGAAGUAUUUUGUACCGGCACAGCAGUGGUGGUAUCGCCUGUUGGGAGCAUUACACAUAAGGGUAAAAGGACAUCCUUUGGAGAUGGUAAGGUUGGACGUGUGGCGCAGCAGCUUCAUACUGCGCUUACUAGACUACAAAUGGGUAUUGCAGAAGAUAAUAUGGACUGGAUUGUCAAACUUAAGUGAAGAUUGUUGUUGUUUUUUUUUUUUUUUUUUUUUUUUUUUUUUUUUUUUUUUUUGUUGUUGUUGUAACUCAUUGUACACCAUGCAAGGGGGGAUACUAUAUGUUUCUUCAGCGUUAGUGUGGUAAAUUGUCAUUGUCUGGUUACAUAUUAUCUAUCAAGUUCCAAGCAAAUUACUUGUUUUAUUUA